AGUGCAGCUCUGCAGAACACCCACCACGGAAGAAAGGCAGAACAAGAGCGCUAAAGUGUUACAAUGAAAUAAUGAAAGGAGGAGAACACAGAGGAAAUAAACAUACAACUGCCAGGAGAAACUAAGAGAAAACAAAGAUGGAGUUGUGGCGGCAGUGUGCGAUGUGGCUGAUCGAAUGUCGAGUCCUUCCAGAGAACCACCGGGUCACAUGGGAGGGCGCACAGGUGUGUGACCUGGCUCAGGCUCUGAGAGAUGGCGUGCUGCUCUGCCAGUUGCUCAACAACCUGAUGCCUCAAGCUGUCAACCUGAGAGAGAUCAACCUGCGCCCACAGAUGUCCCAGUUCCUGUGCCUGAAGAAUAUCCGGAUGUUCCUGGGAGUUUGCCAGGAGAAGUUUGAUCUCAAAAAGAGUGAACUGUUUGAGGCCUUUGACCUGUUUGAUGUUCGGGACUUUGCAAAGGUUAUAGACACUCUGUCUAUCCUCUCCCAUUCGCCCAUUGCUACACAAAAGAGACUUCAGCCUUUCCCUCUGGGAGGAUGCUCUCCUGACGAUGAGAUCUACAGCGGCCUGUCCGACCAGAUAGAUGAAACAGUGGACGAGGAUGAUGACUUGUACGACUUUGUGGAGGACGAGGAGAACGAAGGAGAUGAGAUCUAUGAAGACUUGAUGAGGACGGAGGAACAACCAGAAAUUGUGAGUAGACCUCAAAGCAAAACGAUG